UUGGAACAAGCUUUGCCGGCCGGAUAGUUGAUCAGAUAAACUCUGGCAUGCAUUCUUGAGCCACACGCCGGUGAUUAGCUAAUCGGCCAUUUUAAAAACAACCCGCGGCGAAGGAAUCUUUUUUUUUUUGGUUUAUUUAAAUUAGCCAUGUUACCCCCUGAUCGAUGGAGUACGAACGAGUACGACGUGAUUAUAUAAUCCUCCCAGCUCCUGCAUGCCAGACUCUCUCCAUCCCUUUCCCAGUUCUCAUCAAGCUCUUCAGAGAUCCAAGAAACCAUCUCUGCGGAGGUGUACGGUGGCGGCUGACUGUCCGUGUGCGUGUGUUCGUCAUGGGCGACGACGGCGCGAAGGCGGCGGCGACGGGCAUCAAGCAGAUCGUGCGGCUGCGAGAGCUGCUGCACAAGUGGCACUUGAUGGCGCUGGGCGCGAAGCAGCAGCGGGAUCAUCAGGAGGACGACGAGGACCACGCCGGCGGCGGCGUGCCGGAUCAGGAUGCGGUGGCGUCGGCGAUCCCGCCGUUCGUGCUGCGGCGGCUGCGGCGCGCGGAGACGGCGGACUCGGUGCUGUCGGACGACGAGAGCUACAGCCCUGAGCCGCCGCCGGACGUUCCCCGGGGCUACUGCCCCGUGUACGUCGGGCCGGAGCAGCGGCGGUUCGUGAUCCCGACCAGCUACCUGGCGCACCCCGUGUUCCGGCUCCUGCUGGAGAAGGCCGAGGAGGAGUUCGGGUUCCGGCACCAGGGCGCGCUCGCCAUCCCCUGCGAGACCGAGGCCUUCAAGUACAUCCUCCAGUGCGUCGAGCGCCACGACAAGGGCCUCGCCGCCGCCGCCGCCGGCGACGAAGCAGCGAACCACCGGACCGUCGUGCUGGAGCAAGAGCCAGCGAUGCAUCAUGCUUAAAUCCUAGACUAGAUGGUGUUGCAGUGUGUUGUACACUAUUUGUAAUUUUUUUUUCAUAUUAUUUUUGAAGAAAAGGGAUUCCUUUGCGUGAUGGCUAGUGUCAAAGACCAAGACAUUGUUGUAAGGUCAAGAAUUCAAAUUGAUCUGUCACUGUCAGUCUAGCAACUCACAAAGUAUUUGCAUGUGAAUUCAGUUGUAGUUUAUGAUGGUCAAUUAUUUGUCAUUUUAUUUGUUA